UCUCCAAUCUAUUUUCGUCUUCCAAAAGUUCAACCAAUUUUGGGGCCAAACUAGAAUUCGAUAUGCAGUGACUACUCUCCAACCCGAAUCCUUCUUCAGGUGCUCGUCCGGAAAUACAGGACAAGUGAAAUAAGAAGUAGAAAGAUGAUUGAAGAGGUCGGUUUUGAUGGGAUUUCGAUGAGGGGCAGCAGGGAAAGUGGUAGCGAGUCUUCUUCUUCGGCUUGUUCUGAUCAGUUUAAGAACCAUGAGUCGAUCAACUCUGGUAGUCAUAAUGAUGAAAUUAUACGAGCUGCGAAUAAGAGGCUCAAAGAAACUCCAAUCGACUCCAAUGAAAAGGCUCAACUGGCUCAAACCCUUUUAAGCUUACCACCACUUGGUUUGUCACUUGGGAAGACUCCCUCUUUCUUAGACUUAAAAGAAACGAUGCCCCGCAAACGAAAGAUUAAGCGUGCAGUUGAAGUUAAUGUUCAGUCGAUGUCCGAGAAGGAAAAGUUGAAAGCUUCAAAUUUCUGUGCCUCAUUACUCAGAAUUGGUUCAUGGCAGAGAGUAACUCAACAUGAAGGUGACUUGGUUGCUAAGUGUUAUUAUGCUAAGCGAAAAUUGGUUUGGGAAAUCUUGGACAAUGGUUUGAAGAGCAAGAUUGAAGUGCAGUGGUCUGAUAUUAUCGCCAUUAGAGCUGUCAUUGAAGAAAACCAACCAGGCAUUCUAGAGCUUGAGCUAGGCCAGCCACCUACGUUCCAUCGUGAGUCUAAUCCACAGCCAAGGAAGCAUACCAUGUGGAAUGCUGCAACAGAUUUCACCAGCGGUGAAGCUCUCAUUCACAGGAGGCAUUAUCUUCAAUUCCCGCCUGGUUUGCUCGACAAACACUAUGAGAAGCUUCUUCAAUGUGAAAGCCGGUUCUUAGAGUUGAGCCAAAGACCCUUCCCAAGCCAAAGAUCACCAUACUUCCAAUCAUACAAUGGAGGUGCAGAUAUUUCUUUCGAAUUUGGUGGUCAUGGAGCAGAAAUCCCCUCCAAUUUUCCGUUACAAUUCCCAACACAUCUGGAUCCCCGACAAAUUCAAACAUAUGAACAAUCCACACCAGCUAUUUGUUACACAGAUUCCACUUCACCAAUAUCAGUUAUGGAUUUUUCUUCGCCUUUAGAUGAGGUCAUCAGCAACCAACGAGUUGAGAAUCAGCAUAUGCCGCCAUCAUGGGAUCCACCAUUUGUUCAAUAUCUUUUAGGGAGCGAUCAAAUUCCAGCACCAGUUUCCGCAAUAGAAGCUCAAUUCAAUCCAACCACUUAUAAUCAAGAGUCCCAAGCGAUGUUCAAUAUUGAAAAGCAGGUGUACAGUCAGUUGCAGAUUCAGUGCUACAGAAACUCGCUAGGCUCAUCGAUAUCAUUUCCAGAGAAUUUGAAUUCUAGAGGGAUUACUGGUAUUGAACAAACAUGCUAUGACCAGGAAAUGACAGCCAACACAAACAUGAUUCCGGAUGCAGGGGAUCACACAUGCCAGACACUUCCGUUAAGCUGGGCGAUGACACCUCCACCAAACAGCUGGAGUGUCCCGUCCCAAGUUGCUCCUUCAAGGCACUCAGAGGUACACCCGGCUGAAAACAACUUGACGAAUUCAUCUUUCCAUCCAAAUCCAACAACAGAUAACUUUGCCGCUUUCAACAACUCGAUGAAUCGUUGGAGAUGACUGCCUUACAAGUUACAAGGGAUGAAUGUAUUAUAUAUCUUAGCUUCGGGCCUCUAUUAGGUUUUGUUUUGAACUUUUCUGUAAAAUUCUUGUUCGGCUAGAUUAGGCAGUGUGAUUCCCUCUUUAGUAUUAGUUAGUGUCUAGCACUCUAGCAUAUCAUUUUCCCAAUUGAUUUUCUCACAACUUCACAUGCAUUGCGUAUUGGCAAUGCUAUGUUCUAGAAAUUUCACUAAGCUUGAGUUCAAAGGCUUCACCAAUGAUCACAUAGU